AUGAUCCAGGUGAACUUGAGGUCCCUCAAGGAACCUUUGGGCCUGAUGCGGAUCGGAGCUACGUUCUUCACCUGCCUGACAUUCAGUCUGGCGGCGACGACGCACGUCAACGCGUCGUCUCCGUACUGGGCCUGGUGCAUGUUCACGUGGUGCUUCUGCUUCAUAUUCACGCUCGCGAUCGUCAUCAUGGAGUUCACCACUUUCAGCACCAAGGUGCCUUUCUCCUGGGAAGACUUCACCAGCGCCUUUGCCAUGCUGGUGAGCCUCAUGUGCCUGGCCGCCUCCAUCAUCUACCCAACCUUCUUCACCUUCAACACCUACCACCGAGCCAUCAGCGCCACCGUGUUUUCCUGGGUGUGCUUCAUCAUUUACACAGCUGAGGUGGUCUACACCCGCCUUCUCCCGAGGGGUGAGGUCAGCGGGUUCCUCUCCACCAUACCGGGGAUCAUGAAGAUGCUGGAGGCCUUCCUGGCGUGUCUCAUAUUCACGUCUUUGGAGACGAACCAGUAUCAGAGAUUCUCUGGACUGCAGUGGUGUGUUGCUGUGUAUUCCUUGUGCUUCAUCUUCGCCAUCGUCAUCAUCCUGCUCAGUGUCACUCAGCUGAUCAAACACUUUCCAUUCAACUUUGACUUAGUCGUGAUCAUCUACAACGUGACGUCGGCGCUGAUGUAUGUGACAGUGAUGGUGAUUUGGCCGCUCUACAGCUUCAGGAACAAUCCAAGACCCGGGGGCUGUGAGCGGGAGUGUCCCUGGGAUAAACUGGUGUUUGUCACCUUCAUGGCUAUUUUCAACACUAUCAUUUACACUCUGGACUCCAUCUACACAGUGCGACUGGUGUUCUUCAACAGGGUGCCCAGUGAAUGAGACCAGCACAUGAUGUGGACUCAACAGUACAAGUACAUUUCUAGGUUAAACUGUAUCAAAUGAGAUGAUGUGCUUCCUUGUUGGCUGGCUGGAGUUAAAUAUUAAAAUGCUUAUCACUGUCAUAAAUGUCAAAUUACGGAGCCAUAAUUUAAGACGUAGGGCUUCUUAUGUCAGGUGAUAAUGUUGCCCCAGUUAGCUGACAUGACAGCAGUUCAAAGGAAGCCAUAUUUCAACCAUAGGUCUAUG